CCCUGUCGCGCAGUCGUGCUACGUCACCAAAACAAAUAAAACAGUUACGAAAAAAAAACAAUAAUCAAAAUACCAAGGAAAACGCACUCGCCAUGUGAUAAUUAAAAAGUUAGUGAUUUAUAGUUCCGCCAAUGGCGGCAGUGACGUUUUUCGCGUUCGAAUUUUGUGCAACCGUGUGUUUUAGUGUGUGACCUAGAUUUAAAUGCAAUGUGACGUCAUUUGGCAAUUUUUACAAGCUUUUUAAGUUUCGGAUCUUCAUAGUGUAAUCUUAACUUAAACCUCCAGGCAAAAAUGUAAACGAAAAGUGCCAAAAUGACUCUAAACCUAACCGGGAACCGAACCGUGGAACCCCGUUCCACGGCCUACUAUUACGCCGACAUCGAGCGUCUCAAACGGAAACAGAACGGAACUCCUCACAUCACUGACGAAGAACCGAGGAACCCUGAUGAGCUGAGUGAAUAUGUCGAGUCUAACGAAGUGGUCAAUGAAGGAGCGAAAGUCGACGUACCGCCUCUAAGAGACAGACAGUACAGCUUACCAGAAUACACUACUCCUGAAGCAUGUAGACCUGAGGAGACUUAUUCAACAGCUGGAACGUUUCCAAUGCCCGAACCUAAAGAGAAGGAACCACUGCUAGCUGAACUUGAACUUGUUGGUCGAUUGCCGCUAAGCCAGUUGGAUAGUGGAUCUGGAGUCAGGAGGAGUAGGAGCUGGUACCUGUGCUGUCCUAACGUGGCUGACGAGGAAGUGUCCAGGGAGUCUUCUUGGAGGUAUUCCAGCCUGCGACCGGUCACAGCGCCCCCGAUGCGGAAUGGAAUCAAUUUUAUGGUAACAACACAAAGCAGCGGUGCCCCCGACGCGACAACUCUCCGUUGUGAGCGCGAUGCUCUCGCCCGGGCGUUGUCAGCGGAACGCGCGCGGGCCGCCGCGGCCGCGAGAGCUCAUGACGCAAGACUGGCCGAGUUACAUGGGGUUAUAGCUGAGCUGGUGAGAAGAAGGGCGGCUGAUAAACAAGCGAGGGCUAUUCCUGAGGAAGAAGUGUCAGAUGAGUGUGAGUCGACGACACAACCGGCGGGGGAGCUUGAUAACGACGCAGAUCGAUCUAGGACAGACCAGAAUGACAGUUCGUCGCUCGUCAGCCCAGCUGAGCUACCGACGCCCCAGGAGAAGGCGGAACCAGAAUCAGAGGCUUUCAAGCACGAGGUCCAAGUCAGGAUAGAAAAGCCACAAGAGAUGAGCUCAAGCGAGACACACCCCAUAGACAACUGCGACACCAGUCUAGAUCUCUCUGCGAGAGACUCCGAGAUCUGUCUAAGCACGGCGAGAUGUUGCGGCUACACCCGUCCACACGCGAGUUCGGGUAGCUGCGAGCGCGAGCACGGCUCGGCGGACGGUGCGCGAGUGUGUACCGCCUCCCCGCGACACGCCAAACUAGCCAGCCGCGUGCGACUGAGACGCACUGACGACGACACUAGUCAGGAGACAUGGUGUGCAGAGGCGGCAGAGAGACUGGCGCUGGAUGUGUGUGCGCAGGCUGAUCUCAGGGAGGCGUUAGUUGCGGCCAGUAACGACGGUUGCGCGCUAUCAGCGUCAGUGGCGGCGUGGCGAGCUCGCUGCGCGCGUCUAGAAGCCGACGCUCGCGUAUUACAGUGCGCGCUCAGCAGAGCUGCCGACACCGCACACAGAUUGUCCUGCGCCUGUGCGGUCCAAGAGUCAUCCUCAGUGUCAGUCUGUCUUGCACUUCGCGCCGCCGACCGCGCGCUAGAGACAUACGACGUGCUGCUAGCACUAGCGGAGACACUCCACACUCCACAAGAAGAGCGUAAAGCAGCAGAGGUGGUUGCUAAGCAACUCCUGGCGCGACUGGACGCGGAGCAGACUUCGGCCGCUAUAGGAGAACCGCUGUUGUCACCCGGACCGUGGUUACAACACGACGGACAGUAAGUCUUCA